CCGGAUGUCGAUACGUAGUGACAAGAUGGCGAAGCUUUGACAGGAGUGCUGCUGAAGCAGUGAGAGCAUCAGCAGCAGCAGGAGAACUACCUGGGCCCGCAAAAGGUUGAGGAGCAACGGGCUUCCAGGAUGUUCGCCAAGAAGAAGAAGAAGCCGAUAAUCUCGGCGCCGAGCAACUUCGAACAUCGAGUGCACACUGGCUUUGACCGGCGGGAGGGCCGCUUUGUCGGACUGCCACCGCAAUGGGCCAGCCUCAUUGGUGCGGGCCAAGACCGGCCCAAGCCAAUUAUCGACCCUUCGAACAUAACCCCCACCGAAAUACUGGACAUGAAGCUGCACACUAUCGUGAGAGGUGGCACUCCUGGCAGCACAAGUCCCGUGGGCAGAGGUCCAUCGCGCCCAGGCGGGCCCGUUUCGGUGACGCGUUCCAACUCUCUCCGCAAGGAGAGCCCUCCCAUGAUCCAUCGAGACAUGAGCCGGCUUCCGCCACCUGUUCCAGAACACGACACGUUCCCAGAAAGCAGCCCAGCGUCUCAGGGCCACACACUGCCUCCAUAUGCACACUACCAAGGGCAGCAGCCACUUCGGGGCCAGCACCCACAGGCUCAGCAUCCGAUGGGAGGGGGGCGCCUCCCACCCGACCACCUCCAGGGCCACCCUAAUGCGUAUGCCCCGGGCUACAUGCACCCGCAGCAGGGUCAUCCACAGGAUCACCCUCAGCAGGACACGCAUGGCCAGGGCAUGCACAGGCCGGGUGACUCGCAGGAGGCGCCCGACAGCCCAUCGUUACCCACCCACGCCCAGGGCUACCCGCCACAGACUGCACAGCACACAGCACAGGGGCGUCAACAGCCUGGCAAUGUUACACCUCAGCCACCUCACGGUGUUCCAUCACACAAUGGCAGCUACUAUUCUGAACAGGAACAGCCACCGCACAAUGGGCAACAGUCGCAUCCAGGCCACUAUGGAAGCCGGGACCACUUGCCCACCUCACACACUUUGCCAUCACAUCCGCACCACGCUCCACUGCCGCACCUUCCACCGCACAUGCAUCCCCCACCUCAUGCCGGACAGCAACAUCAACAGCAGCAGCAACCACAGCAACACUUACGACAGGCAUCGCCUCACCGAGAGAGCUGGGGUUCGGGCCAGGACCGCUACGAUGCCAGUGACUGGGAGUCCUCUGGGUACGGCGCUGCGGUGCCUCCUCCGCACACCCGGCCUGUCUCUGGCCCUGGAUCACAGACGCACCACGGAGGUGCCCCUCCUCCGCCAGCGGCAGGUCACCCUCCUUCAUCCAUGCAUCACCCUCCGGCUCAACAGCAGCACCAGGCACUUCCUCAACACCCUGCCGCUGGCAUGCACCAUCCCCCUCCACAUGUGAACCAGCAGCACCCGAGGGGUCCUUCGCCCAUGCACUCCGCACACGGGGGUGGCAUUCCACCGUCCCACCAGCCCCCGGCACCACACAUUCCAAAUGGGAAGGUCCCACCCACACUCAACGGUGGACACCGGAUGUCUCCUUCUGGAAUGGCGUCUCAGUAUGCUGUGAAUGAGCAUCCUGGUGGCUACUCCAACCCCCCGUACCAGCAUCCGGCCUCCCAGCUGCCUCCCUCCCAACUGCAGCAGCAGCAGCAGCAGAGGGUCUCUCCACAGAACAUGAACUAUGGCCCACAGGCUGGUCACCUGCCGCCGGACGGCUACCGUCCCGGGCCUCAGAGCGGUCCCCACCAGUACGGACCGCCCAAGUCUCACCCGGGUCACAGCCAUUCGCCUGGGCCAGGGCCCAUUGCCAAGGAAUUGCCAGCCACCCCGCCAAAGCCCAAAGUGCCAAAUGACCUCCACCAUCACCAUCAUCAUUACCAGCCUACGGGACCCCAACAGCCACCAGUGCAGCAGCAGCCACCUGCUGGAGGACAGACCAUGGUGGAUGGUGGUCGGGAUGGAAUGGGCAAAGGUCAAGCAGCAAUGGACCAUGCACCACCACCAGUGGCAGGCAAGCCCCAGUCAAACCAUCCACCAGAGCACCAAAGGCUGUCGCACGAGCAGUUCCGAGCAGCGCUGCAGAUGGUGGUGAGUUCAGGUGAUCCCCGGGAUAACUUGGACAACUUUGUGAAGAUUGGUGAAGGCUCGACCGGCAUCGUGUGCAUAGCUACCGAGAAGCCCAGCGGCCGCCAAGUUGCUGUCAAGAAGAUGGACCUUCGCAAGCAGCAGCGCCGGGAGCUUCUGUUUAACGAGGUGGUGAUCAUGCGGGACUACCAUCACCCAAACAUAGUUGAGAUGUACGACAGCUUCCUGGUGGGCGACGAGCUAUGGGUCGUCAUGGAGUUCCUCGAAGGUGGAGCCCUCACCGACAUUGUCACACAUGCCAGAAUGGAUGAAGAGCAGAUUGCAACAGUCUGCAAACAGUGCCUGAAGGCCUUGGCAUUCCUCCACUCCCAAGGCGUCAUUCACAGAGACAUCAAGUCGGACUCCAUACUGCUGGCCAGCGAUGGCAGGGUCAAGCUGUCAGACUUCGGCUUCUGUGCGCAAGUGUCCGUGGAACUUCCCAAGCGCAAGUCUCUUGUGGGUACACCAUACUGGAUGGCGCCAGAGGUGAUCUCGCGGCUCCCAUACGGUCCUGAGGUAGACAUCUGGUCCCUGGGGAUCAUGUGCAUCGAGAUGGUGGAUGGUGAGCCACCAUUCUUCAAUGAGCCGCCGCUGCAGGCCAUGCGGCGCAUCCGCGACAUGCCGCCACCAAAGCUCAAGAACACGCACAAGGUGUCCCCCCGGCUGCAGGGCUUCCUGGAGAAAAUGCUGGUGCGGGACCCGGCACAGCGGGCCACGGCCUUUGAGCUGCUGCAGCACCCGUUCUUGAGGCAGGCGGGUCCUCCAAGCCUCCUUGUGCCACUAAUGCGCAGCUUCAGGCACAGCCCCUGCUGAUGAUGCCAGUGCAAGGCGAGCCUAGGUUGAGCCGUGGCCGUCAGCACAUACAGCGCAGGGGCCGUGUUUGAGUUGGCGCUUAUUUCAUGUUGAAAACAGUUUCACAUGCAUUCCCAUAGUUCUCUAUGUUUUCCGUAUCAUCUGCACUUAACUUGCAUAUUCCAUAUUGAUUCCACUUCAUUUCUGUAAAGUGAGUGCAAUGCGUAAACCAAGGAGUUAUUGCCAUAUAGCUCAUAUGGAAAUCAUAUGGAUUCUUCAUUGAUUUUGCAUUUUUGUGAAUGAUAAUGUGAAGUCUGUGUCAAUUGUGCAUCAUUUCUAUUAAAAAAAAGGCAGGAUGUAGAAAAUAUAGAGAAUUAUUGCACUAUAAGUGAUAGGAAAGUUACGUGCGUGCUGUAUGCAUUUCUCAGGUUUUGCAAGAAAAAGAGUAUGAUCCGGAAGACAUAAGGAAGUAUUGAAAUGCUUAUGAAAUGAGUCACUAAGCUCCCGUGUUCCACGUUAUCACGUGCUGAAUUAGCACAGCUGUCUGACAUUUCUGGGGAUUGAGAGUGGCUCUAUUUUUCACCUUCCUUACUCUUAUAACAAAGGCAGUCUUCCGGUAGAGAGGCAAGGUGCCGCCGUGGCAGCAGUUUUGCUGUUGCAAACAUGUGGUGCUUCAUCUGCAUACAUGAAAGUAUAAGACGAAAUCAGGUGGUCAUACGAGAGCCAAAGGCUCGGGUAAAUUUAUGUAUUCAUUUAUGGGACAAGGCAAGGGGUCCCUGUGAUUGUUCUGAAAGCAGUGCUUUUGCUCAUGAUUGCCCUGAUCUGUGGAGGAAUUGCGAAGACCCAUUGUCAGUUACAUUGUAAAGAGUGCUGCAGCAGAUGCACCUCACAUUGGAGGGUCAUGUCACAUGAUCUCAAGGUCAAGGUGGUGGACAGUGUGUGGUGGAUGAGAGUGGCUAUGUGGACUUGGUAGUUGAUCCUCACAAGUUAUUGCUGCAUGCAUACAAGGACACAGGCACAGAAAUUAAUAUCGGCAUCUAAUGUUUUCAUGGUGUGGAAUCUUGGAAAAAGCUGAAUAUUUCCACAGCCUCGGUAUUAGGCUUUCUCAUCUUUUUCCUACUCUGUAACUGUGAGAGAAAUAAUUCAUUUAAUCACUACUAUUAUUUUUAAACAUGGUGUUGUGUAGUUUUGCUGUCUGCAGGCACAAAUUGUCAGGAAAUAUUACUUUUUGUGGAAGCCACAACCUGUAAACUUUCGAUACCUACCAAAAUGGGACAACACAUGGUACUAUGUGUUCUCUCAACGUUAUGCGUCCAUGUCUUUGUUGCUUGGGCUGCAACAAUUUUACGAGUAUGGUGGGCUGUUGUGCAUGUGGGCAUGACAACAAAGAGCUUCAAGUGUGUUUGGAACAAUGAAAAAGGGGUUAAAGCCACGGAGAUUUGGCAGUGGCUGGGUUUGAUGAUAGGUAACUGCGUUUGUGGCGAGCACCCUCAAAAGCUUUUUGUUGGACAAGAUUCGCAAGGAGAUGCCCUUUAAUGCCAGACGCAAUUCCACGCAUUUCGUGAAAAGUGUGAACUCUUUAGGAAUAUGGGGAGUGUAUCGCACUAAAUUGAGAACAUUGCACUUGAUGAUGCAAGGUAUUGCUUUCUCCACCCACUUGUAAUUUUGGGUUUGCAUCGGUAUGUACAUUGCACUCCUUUCAAACAAUUGCAGGGAACCGCUACUUGGCUGUAGUUUGUUUUGUUGCAAGUGCAUUGUUGCUGAAAUACUCGCACAGUUCUACCCACAGAUUUAUUUUGUUUGAAAGUUCUCUCCAUUCCGCAGAACAGUAUGUUGACAUGCGGUUGAAAUGGCAACGGAAGUCGCAAAGGUGCUAGUGGCUGAAGCGAGUCGUCAGUGGUGUCAACACUGCCCGAGAUUUUUCUGGUAGAGAAACCACACAGCCAGGGUCCAUUACAAUCGCGCUUUUGCAAAGAGUUGCGGUAGUUCGCGAAGUACUAAUCAUCUCUCUAGAAAUCCAUCAAAUUUUCUUAGCCAGUUAUUAUUACUGUUAAAUGAUACCAGGAACCAUGACGUUACCAUUUUACGGUUCCACUUCCAAUAGUAGUUGAGAGUUUUAGUAGCCAGCUGGUGUAGACAGACCAUUGUGUGAGCUUUUGUGUAACGUGCACAAUUUUUCUCAUUUUUCAUAAUUGUUGUGUAACGUCCCUUAGAAAGUUUCGGAGGUGCUGCCGCCUAUUUGAUUUCAUGCUGUGGCUAAUCAGUGCAGUUUUUAGACACGAGUUGCUAGGUGGCUGAAGUGUUUGGGCUCGUAAUAGUACCUGUUCCUAACAAGCUUCAGCAUUUUUUAACUAUAGUUUUGCUUUUAAUGCAGAUAGUAAGUUUUUUUAGUGGCUCUCAUUUCAAUAUAUUAUGGGAAAAUCAGCCUUUAUAAUUGACGUCAGUAAAAAAAAUUUUGGUUGGUUACGCUCAUGGUAAUCCUUCAAGGGCUGCCUCAAGGAAAGCUGUAACGUGUUCAUUUGAGAAACAGGUUUGCAAUCUUUGCAAGCGUUUAUUAUUUUAUCUUUGUGUGCUCUCAUAGAACUUUCCUGUAGUGUUUUGUAGUUUUCUCAUUUUACGAGGCCAUGUGGCUGCAGUUAUUUAAACGAGUACUUGCAAGAACAACAGUGUAGUGAUAGUUGAUUGUAGUUUGGUUUCUAGUAAUAUUGUUAGUGGUAGCUAGAAGUUAAACGAGAUGAUAGCAUUUUCAUGCUGGUGGUCACUUCAGCCCCCCCCCCCCCCCCUCUUUUAUGAGCUGCCCUUUCUUUACUACUGUAGACUUGCUCAGGUUAACACCAAUCACAUAUGACGAACUUCAUAAGCAGCAGAUAUGUAAACAUUAACUUAUCAACCAUUUUAAGGAAACAUGUCUUAGCUUGUGUAAAUAUGGUAGUUUGCAUGGGAAAAGGGGUGCCAGAGACAAAAAUAAAGUAAAGAUAUAUGGUUAUGAUCAUUUUUUGAAACAAUUGAUGUGUCACUGUUUUGCAAAAAAAGAGCAUUUGUGAGAAAAGCUAUGACUUACAUGUGAGAGAGACCACUUCGGAAUUGUGAAUUGUGUAUAUGGAUCCUGCUUGUGUGUGUUCUAGCAAUAAUACAUCAAAUGUUGUAAGCCAUCGAUAAGGAAUGGCCUGUUCGUUGGAUUCGAAAUGAAAGUAAAUGUAGUGCGGCCACAUUUCUCUGGCUGUUCUACAGAUUCAUUUUAGAUGCUGCUCUCGAUGGCACUCCAGGCAGUUUUACUUGGGCAAGACACAUUUAGAAUUUCUUCAUAUUAUUUGAACUCGAAUCAUCUUAUUUGUAAUCUAAAAUCUGUAGCUGUACUUCAUCUCAACAAAUAUGUGCAAUGCAGCGAAAGUCACAUCAGCAACCAAAACAGAGAACCCCAAAAAGUUCUACUCUAUUUUCCAUUACUGAUCGCCCUCUGCAAGACACAGACUGAACAGACGCUUCACAGAACAAUUAGUAGCACACAGUGGGCAAGCCCCUCCUCUCUUUGCUGUAAAAUGCAGCCAGCUCUCCGUGCUGCAAAGCUUGAAAUUGGGCUAGUUGGUGAAAUUCCAUCUUUUCUUGGGUUAGCAUUGGGAAACAACUUGAACAAGGACGAACACAAAUCUACGAGACUCAACACAUGAAGUGUACAUAUGAUUUGCACUUCACAUGUUUAGUCUCGUACAUUUCUGUUCAUCUCUUUUCAAGUUGUUUCCCGAUGCCUAGCGCAAGAAGAGAUGGAAUCUCAUUACUGAUUGGACUGAUGAUGCAAACCCUAGUCUUUGCUGCACUGUGCAUAUUUGGUGAGGGGGAGUGUUGUUUCAUGAUCAAUCACAGCGACAACUUGCAUGUAAUGAUGGCAAUUUCAUGAGGUGUGUGUUGGUUUGUUGUGGGCUGUCAGUGCUUUGUUGUGAUUUUUACUGGGCAACCAUCCGUGGUGCCCUAGAGACUAUAGAGCAGCAGUUUUACCAUUAAGAUUCCAAACACUGGGUAGAAACCCUGCAUUGCACUGUCAGCUUCCAAGGCGUUUGGCAGACUAUACAGAUACUACAGUCGACGUCCGAUUUCCCGGACCCUCAAGGGACCGCGAAAACGUCCGGAAAAUCGGGCAGUCCGGAAAAACGAAUGCACGUGAAAACGCACCUUUUUGGUAGGUAUUUUUCGCUGACGGAGAGGGUCACGGCCGGAGUACAAGAUUCUCAUUGCUAUUCAGCCAAUGCAUCGUUUAGGUGGCUCUGAAAAGAGCCGUCUAAAAAAAAAGGAAAAAAGAAAUACAACGUGGCUGGCGCUACCUCAUAGGUCAGCACUUGGGCGCAAAGAAGUCGCUUAUUUUCUUUUGCACGGUCCGCUUGCCCGCGAUCAUGUCUGGCUCAAUUUCAGUCAACGUCAUGUUGCCGCUGUACACCGAUGACAGUGUCAUCAGUGCUCGCGUCAACUCCGAGCUCGUUGGCUGUGUAGGAGCUGGCUCUUCGUUCUCGGUGUCGGAGUCGUCGGAAUCCUCCGUAACUUGACGAAUGAUUUCGUCAUCGGUCAACUCCGCACAUAGCUCGAGGUCUUUGUCAAUGUCGGCAAAGCCCUCAAAGGUUAUCCCGGCUGGAAUCGACACGCCGGCAGCGCGCAGAUCGUCGAAGGCAACGUCCGCGGAUGGCAGUUCGUCAGUUCGUCCACGGAGGGCAGUUCGCGGAUGGCAGUUCGUUCGAAGGAGCGGACGAAGACGAAGGAGCAGUCAGUGCCAUCGCUGUAAACGGCGAAUCCGCUCGACGAAAAGCGCAGCACGAAACAGCUAGGAACUCGAUGGAUGCUGAAGGUCGGGAAACGUGAUCACUGAAGAUAGCGCGCAGCAGCAAACGAUCAACCGCAGACACGACCGCAGAGCUGGCAGAGCUGACAAAACAACACGCGAACGAACACAGUGAGGUUUGGCUUGGCUAAGCUACGGCUGGCAACGGAUUGACACGUGCGGUUUCGAGGUUACGGCAGCCGCGGCGCGGUGCGGCGGUGCUGCUGGCCACACCUGCGAUGCGAGUAUGGUGGGUUCGAGGAUAUGAAAACAGCCAAAAUGGCGGCGUCGGUGGUGACUUUCGGUCGGCGGUUAACAGUAAAAAGUCCGGGAAAUCGGAUGGCGAAAGCUAUAAGCGUCCGGAAUUUCGGACUUUUUAAUGCAUUGACUCUAUGGGGAACUUGACAGUGCCACAGAUGAGUCCGGGAAAUCAGGCAUGUCCGGAAUUUCGGGCGUCCGGGAAAUCGGACGUCGACUGUAUACGCAAUCAGGACGAAGCAUUAAUGCCAUGCAGUUUUUGCCAAAGGUUUCCAAGCUGCUCUGCGAAUGACAAAAGCACUUGAUGGCCCCUGUCUGCGUCUGUGUGCCGCACCUUGCAGUUUGAAGUUCAGGAGAGUGAGAAGCACCACCCUAACUUACUCUGAGCCUCUGGGACAACAAAAGUUCUUCAGGUUCAUUUUGUUCAUCCUGUUGAGCAUGCUGAACAAAAUGAACUUGAUUCACCCUGCUCACUUUACCAUCAUUUUGUAGUUCUAGAGAGUCCACAGACUGAGGCCCAACUGCAAAUCUGGUCACGCGCAGAGUAGCUUAGAAAAUUUUGGUAAGGACUGUAUGUGUUCAUCCAUCUGAGCAGUUUGAAUGAGGCUAGGGGGAUGCUGCCUUUAGUUGCAGUUAUCUCUGCAACUAAGUCAUGUCUUGGCACAGAACAAAAGCCAAAAAACAUUGAGAGCGCUGUCUAUCGGUACCACUUAAUGUUUUUAGUGUCUCUUUACUCUGACCAUGUGGGAUUGUUCAUGGUGGUGUGCUGGGUGUAGGGUACAGAUUCAUGUGCAUGUCAGCAAUCAAAAAAUACUGCAAUAACAUUUAGUGAAGUGAGCUUUUUGUUCCAGUAAUCACAAAUGUUUGUAUCAAUGGGUGCGUAGAAGCAUAGAGCAUUCACAUCGUAGCAUUUCGGGUAUGUAAUGGAAGAUAUGCAGUAAAUGCUUGUGCUUAUGCAAAUAACUUCAGCUUGCAAAAAUGUCAUUUAGAGUGUUUCUGGUAGUACUGGUAUUUAGCGUAUUAGCAUAUUGAUAGCGAGGUUGCUCUGUGUAAGGUGAAAAACCCUAGAUGACAGCUUCUGGCUGCUAAUACUGCUUGUAACUAACGUAGUUACUGUAGUUGCAAUAGCGAAAAACAUCUAAUUAUUCACUUUUAGCUUUAUCAAUUUGCUUGCCUCUGAAUUCACUUAAGUGCUCUACACUUGCUGUUGUUUGCAGAGCAAGAUUCCUAGCAGUCCUAUCUCAUGACCUUUUGUGUGUUGCAUUCUUUGCACGCUGCAAACGAUUGUUUGUUUUUCUGGUGCCAUAGGCUUGUAGUGUGAACUAUCAGACUUGUUCUGCUUUGCGAGGAAGAUGACCGUAGCUAAUUAAGAAGUGUCAUGCUCAAUCUAGGCAGUGAAUAUGACGAUCAGUACAAUCCUUCGCUUGGUGCACGGUGAAUCUUCACCUGACAUUAUCUAGAGUGUACCUGGCCUCGUGUGUGUGCGCACAUACGGGCAUUUUGACCAACAUCUAUGCGUACCGCGUAAUUGUUAUGUUGAGGAAGUGAUGCUGACGUUGGCGAGGAAGUGAUUCACAAAGCCUGGCAUGAGCUGCCAUUUGAGAUAAGCGUGUUGUAUUACCUGGGACUCUAGGAGCAGCUGUUGUAGUCGGUCCAGUGAGGUGUCGAGUUGUGAGUCUAGGUUGCGUCAUGGAGAACUUUUUCUUCUGCUUCUGUGUCUUCCACAGAUACCAUAUUUGCACGAAUGUAACAUGAGGAGCAAUUUUUGUGAUACAGAAAAUUAACAUGAUGUUAAGAAAAGAUUGUAGUAGGAAGUAUAUGGAUUGAAGAUGGAAUAGAACUACACAUGGAAUUAUAAUGUGUAAUGCAACCUUAAAUGUCAGCUUCUCAUGGAACAAUUCAGCAUAGCCAAUUAAUGAGUGAUUCUCUUCAACACCACCCAUUUGGGACCACCUGCUUGUUAGGGGCUAGCAUGUGCUAAUGAGCCGUGCACAUUGCAGUGAUGGGUUGCCCGUUGUGCUGUAAUUUUCAAACAGGAGUAUAGGGCCGUGUUGCAGCCCAGGUAGUGCUGGAAACAGGGUCCACAUUGUCUGAUAAUGAACCACUAUUUCCCAACAUAGAGCCAGUAGUGCCCAAUAUAGGGCCAAUUUGGCCCAAUGUUUGACAUACAGUGGCACUGCUCCCUGUGCUUGGGCUGUUGUAGCUGCAUUUGCAUGGAGACCUUGCAGUUGCACAGUGCAUUAGUACACUACUGCUGUUGAACUUUGUUGCACCAUCUCUUUGUAAUGUGACACCUGCCCCAUUCCAUGCACAAGUGGUUGUUCAUACAGUCGGCCAAAAAACUUUACUAUGAGAUAUGGGAUUUGUGAAAAAGCUGAAUUCUCAUGUAGCCCGGACACAGAGCUUUGACUUUCAAAAUUCAUUGUGUAGUAGCCUUCGCGCUUAUACAAUGAUGAAUUAAGUUAGAUGCCUCAGCAGAGUAGAAAUUCCCAUUUGUUAUAUAACCGGUCUCCUGUAAACUCUUAUGGCAGACCGUACUUCCCUUGGAGGUCUAGAAUUGGGAUUUUUCAUGAAGCUUAAUGUGACAAGCAACCAUGGUUAAGCUUAUCACACCUUGAGGUGCGAAAUUGUGCCUGUUAGUUGAAGUAACCUAUGUUUGAAGCAUGGUGUUAAAUAUGUAACGGGAGCUGGGCUUCUUGACCUCAUAGCUUCAAAUCAUUUUAGAUUCGUGCACAUAUAGUAUCUCAGCCAUUCAGGGGCUACAGAGGUGGUAGUGUCAUUUCCAGUCUUAGUAUGAGUGGACGUGGUAACAUUGUAGUCAACUGGUUCUGAAGAGCAAGCUUUUUGUUUUUUCUCCCAAAUACUUAGGCAGAAGCUCCUGUGCUUUUGCUUGCGAUCUUGGAGAUUUAAUAAACGUAAGUGCCUUGUGGCCUCCUUGGUUAACAGAAAAAUGAGAUGUUGAGAGGCAGGGUGUGUAAAAAGUGUAUUGUGAAUUGGAAGUUGAUUGAAUGAUCGAGAGCUAGUUAUAUUGAGAAGGUGCACAUAAAUUUGUUUGGUGGUUUUCUUAGAGAGUGGCACAUAUAUCAGCAAGAUUCAGCCUGUUAAGUUUAAGGCAGAAGUAUUUGCACGAAUCAAGUGCAAGUUUCAAUAGAUUCAAGUGCAGCUGUUAGGCACAGAGGUGCUUGUUUUAGAGUUAUAGUUAUACCGUGUAUACAGAGUUCUAAUCACUUAUUGUCAAUAAAAGCGCAGGAAUUUCUUUUUUCUAUUUGUCGACAAAGUUCUAAAAGGCUUGAGCGUUUUCAUAGCCUCCUCUAUAUUUACAAUGCCUGCCCAGUUCAGCAAUGCAUGGGAGCCAGUACAUACACCACUUUUGCCAGGCACUGCUGCUACUUCGUGCCUGUUCCUUAGUUUCCUCAUGCGAUGAAAGAAAGUUGACGUGACCCUAAUCAUGGCUCGCGAACUGUUACCAACUACUGGGAAAGUGGUGCCCCCUGAGCAACCCCUGGUUUUUUAGUCUCUGCACAGGCAUUAAAGAAAUACAGGAGACUAUGGCCUUUUGUUAAGGAACUUGUCACUAUUGUUCCUGAGGCGAUUAGAUUAUUUAAUUUACGAGGGAGUGUUCAGAUGACUACCUAUGCAUAUUUGUACAUAGAACUGGUUGGCAGCAGUAGUGGUUAGGUCGGUGCCCAUUUUUACAUUGCUCCUCCAUAUCGUUUUAAGAGGCCCUACACGGGAUCUGGUACCUUGCCUCAUUUUCAUGCUGUUGUGUUAAGAGUGAUGCCUUCGAGGUUGUUGCAAAUGGUCACAUGUUUUUUUUUUUUUUUUUUCCAAUGACAUCAUUUCUGUUUAAAUGAACAAAUAUACUUGUACCUUUCAUCAUGCCUUCUGUUCUCUCCCUUUUCUUUUUUUUAAUUGCAUGUUUUUAUGUUUCGAAAACCAUUAUGGAUAUAUUUUGACACAUGUACUACUUGAAAAAUGUGCUGUGAAUGUUUUUGAAAUGCUGUUUUGGGGAUCCCAGAAGUAGGUGUCACUGAGAGAGCCGGGUAUUUUUUUUUUUUUUUUUGUGUGUGUCUAUCUGUCUGUGUUUAUAGGCUGUACUGAAGCUGCCUUGCGAUAUUAUUAGUUGGGCGUAAUACAUUCCAGAGGUGCUGUAGGGCAGUGGGAAGUUGUCAACCUGUUGAGCAACAAGUGAGCCCUUCCGCGCUGUGCUUUUACUGUUAAUGUUGUGCCUCCGUGCUAUGUUUGUGUUCCGUUAUUUUUAAUAUCUCUCUCUCCGCCUCCAACUCAUUCCUUGAGGUUUGUUGUGCAAAGAAAGUGGGGAAGAGGUGUUUCCGAUACAUCGAGAUAUUGACCUCACGUAUACAUAAAUAUAUAUGUAUAUAUAUAUUCAGAUGCCUGUUUUAUAAACCAACCGUUACUACACUUGUCAUUUUUAAGAUGUUACAGCACGGUGCUGGCAGAAGAGCACAGCAUGUAGGCAUCAGAUUUUACUUGUACUUAUCAACAGUCCCUCUUUAAUUUUUUUCAUAGGACAGCUUGUCACAGCAUGGUGCAGGUUAAUCGGCAGCUUUGCCUGAGUGUGCUUUUUCACAUUUGGCUUUUGAAUUCAGUGCCUGGGUGCACACUAUAGCAUUGGUAGAAAAACUGCUGUGCUGAUAAGUGUGUUGUAUACAACCUAUUGCAAAAAAAGCUAAAGGCCAGUUAGUUGUUGGCAAUGGCUAGCCGGCAUUUACUUUUUGGCAAUAGGGCAUGCAACCUACGAGCAUUGUGUGCCGAUCUUCUACUAAGGCACAAGUGUUUUAAUGACUUAUAGAGCCUUGUGAAUAACUUUUGUUUUCUCUUGCAAGUUUUCACUGCUAAGGUUCGAGUUAGAAGAAAAGAUAUUCAAGAUGUACACUUCUUGUCUUGUUGCCAAUGAUUUCAACUACCGAUGCCUGAGAAAUGGAUUGUGCUCUCUCCUAUAAUUGUGUAUAUGGGCUUAUGAAACACUGAUCGAAGAGAGAGGCGUAUGUGCAUGACCUUGCUCUUUUAAGCACUUGAAUAUUCAAUGACCUGUAAAUACUUAUUCCUCAUGUACAUUAAAGCUAUCUUUCCUACAAAGAAUUUUCUGCUGUUUGUAUUAAGUAGCAGUAAAAAUAAAUAAAUCGACUUCUACCAAUGAU